UUCCAGCCCGCUUUCUCUCUCCGUCUUUCCUCCUUCCGUUCGUUCUGAUCGACUUGUCUUGCGUUGAAACCGGGCUCGUCAAGCGGGAAGAAAGACUCAGUGUGUGCAUUUGGCCUUGGCUCUUUCCGUUUUCAAACAUACUCUCGCAUUUUUGGGUGGCUAGCCGCCUCUGCAUCGAUCCCGUCCCGGCGAUCCAUGUCCUCGUAGUUCCAUGAGCCGUCCUUGUUUGAUAUAAUAGCCUCCCCAAGUCACCACUACAGACAGCCGCAUCCUUCUGCCUUUUUUUCGUUUGCCAGCUCCCCCCCAGCUCCAGUCCAUUCCCGUCUCUUUGCCACAUCUUGGGGGAUCAGCCAGUCGGCUUCUCAGUAGCUGUAUUUUCGCGCCAAACUUUACGCCUCAUCCAUCCUUCUGCUGUCUGUUUCUUGUCUAAUCCUGGCCGGCCCGAGUACGAGAAACUCCGUGCGUCGAAGCGCACGACCUAUCUACACCUCUCCAGUAUUGACAGCUGAACACAUUACGCCAAGUUCAAGGGGACUCUAGUCGACAAGACUGCGCCAACUUGCCAGCAUCCAUCGACCAUUGCGUAGAGACGCCAUUUGCAAACAGUCACGUCUGAUACAUCAGCCGUUUUCUGGUACCGUCGAAAAUCGACUUUAUCCCAGCUUCGGCCCUUGAAUAUUGUCGCAGAAAUGGCUGAUCCCGUCUCUCCGCCUUCCUCCCCCCCGCGGGACUCCAACACCACCCCCAGCACCACCAACAACGACAAGACCACGACCACGACCCAUACGCCAGUCACUCCCGAAAACAAACGUCUCUCGCAAAUCGGUGGACUUUCCUUUGCUGAACGGAAGAUGAGCCGUCGUCCCUCCACCGCCCCCACCCCCAUCGUUGAGGGAGAUGGUGGCUUGACAAGAGACGUGCAUCACUCUCUUCCUGGUGAUACCCGCAGCAACAGAAAAUCCAGGACGCAGGCGGAUAUGGCGAAGCGCAGGAGCUCCUACUAUGAGGAGGCGUUCCAGGGAGACAGGGAGGCCAACGUGGUCAAGGACCGUAUCUACGGCGAGGCUAUCGUGAUGGCUGAGCUGCGCACCAACGUAAUUAUCAACGAUGAGUUCAGCUUCAUCACGGACUUUUCCUACCAGCUGUCGAUUAGAUAUCAGCGACCGGUGCAUUCGAUCGUGGUCAACCUCCAGCACGGAGCCUGCAUGCUUUUUGGGGGUACUUUUGAGCCGGCCUACACACUGUCGGUCCACGCGCUUCCCGUCGAGGUGGGCGUGACCAAGAACAAGAGGAACACGGCCUUGAUCCAGAAGCACCUCCAAGAAAGUCUCGGCGUCGCCCCCGUCCGCGGAUUCGUCAAGUUCGUUGAGGUACCCGCUGAGAACAUGGCAGUCAACGGCAAGACCACUGCUUCCCACAUUUCAGAGAUGACUGGCGAAGAGGAUGAGACUAUUGCUGAACGCCGUGCUCGUAACCGCAAGAGUAUCAGUGCUAAGUCCAUCUCGGCUCUUCGUCAUGGAUCCAUUGUCGGACCCCGAAAGGGGUCGGUCUUUGAUUUCCGGAGAGAGUCCGUCGCAGCUCCACGAAAGGAAUCAGUCAUGGCCCCUCCCCAGGAGCUUACUCCUCCCCACAGCGCGACGGAUGCGCCUCCUAUUCCUCCUAUCCCCGAAGCUCACGUCGUCAACAACACUGGCCCCGCCUCCGCCGAGAAGGAAGCACCCAUCAAGGAAGUUGAGAAGGCUCCCACCAACAACCAGCUGGCCCCUCCCAAGAAGGCAAAACGCAAGAGCAGCUUUGUCUCGUCGCUGUUUUCGCGCUCUCCCAAGAGCGCACCCAUGUCUACUGUGGCAUCGUAGAGGGCACUUUUGCAUCCUGCCUUUCUUUCUUUUGUAUUGCGCUUACUACUUGGGGUUGGAGCAGUGGUCAAAUUGAAUAUUCUCAGAAGCUACCACACUGCAUCAAUAAAGGGGAGACGGAGUUUUGCAUAAAACAGCCCCCCAGGCAGGCAGCCUGGAGCCCUAAGUAUCAGGAAGCUAUUUCUUUGUUGUCGUACGUCAACUGUUUAAUACUCGAGGUAUAAGAAGACGGAUCGUCACUGUCAUCUUUGCUUUCCACGUCAUUAGUGCAGACUCCCUUCAAAUUUGUUGGCUUAAUUGGUGAUGAGCGUGACUAAAUGUAAACAAUGCCUGUGAAGGUUGUAAAAUUUGCCUACGUGACUGAGUUGCGUCGAG